CAAGCAGCAGAAUGCCUACACAACCAACUCUGACCACCAUCAAUUACAAUCUCAACCACCAUCACUGCCUACACAACCAACUCUGACCACCAUUAAUCUUCACCACCAACCCCAUUACUCAUUCCUCCUACACCAUAAAUCCCUUUACUUCCUAUAUUAGUCCCCUAUGCACCAAAUGCAUCCUACACCAUUACAUUACUUCCCUUCUUCCCUUGUUGCAGGAAAUAACCAGAAGAAAUGGAACAAGAUCCACCAUCAACCUUCAUCCGCCCUUGCAAACGCCAAGACAACCUUGCCUCCAGCUCUCGUCCUCUCAUUCCCGGCCCAGCUGGCGCCGUCCAGGCCGCCAUGAUUCACCGCAGAUCCACCGACGACAAACCAAACAUUUCAACCCAACAAUUCGUUAGGCAAGUCCUCCAAGACGGCCACGACACCGAUCCCGAUUUCCAAUCCAAUGCUUUGCUUUCAGCCCUGCAAUUAAACGGAUCUGCCACUCCUCUGGGCGCAAUCACUCACCAUCAUGAAAGAGUAGAUCACGUCAUCGGUGUUAUCAAAUCCUGCAAUCCCAAUGGGUUUGGAGAUGCAACAGUUACACUCAAGGACCCUACGGGCACUGUUGGCGCUAGUAUCCAUCACAAGGUCUUCACUGAAAGCGUAUUUGCGAAAGACAUAACUGUUGGAUCUGUUCUGCUUCUCCAAAAGGUCGCUGUGUUCUCUCCUAGAAAGUCUAAUUGUUAUCUGAAUAUAACCUUGUCCAAUGUAGUCAAGGUAUUUUCAAAGGACAGUGCACCUCCACCUGGAAGCUUCACAAACAUAACAGAAGAUUAAUAUUAGUUCUUUACUAAUCUAUAUUAAGGACUAUUUGUGUAACUUUUGAAAUGCUGAACUUAGAUUUCGUAUUGUUAUUUUGCUUUACUUUUCUAAUGCUUAACUUGGAUUAUUGUAUUGUAAUUUUGUUUAAAUUGGAUUAUGUAACUUUUCAAUUUUAAAGUCAUGUUAUAUUUGCUGCAAUUGGACUAAAGUCAUGUUAUUUUAACUGUAAUUAAAGAAUCCGAAGGUUUAACUCUCGGACUAGUCCAGAACAUCAACCUCUGGACUGGUAUGGAGGUUUAAGUCCCGGAGGGUAUUCCCGGCAUUUUUUUAAAAAGACUAGGGUGGCAAUUCUAAACCCAGGGGUGGGAAAUCUAAUUCCCGUGACCUUGGCCCCUGAAUAUGCUUCUGGCGUUCCCUCGCAAAACCCUAGCUCCAUUGUCAAAUCCUCUCUUCCAUUCCAACACCGUUCAAUCUUCACGAGCAAUAGCUUCAUUCAAUCUCUUCCGCCAUGACCGCGCCCAAGAAAAAUCACAAGGAGAAACCAAUUCGCCGCAAGUAAG